ACAGGAAGUAUUCACAUUUCUAAAAACACGAGUAGCACUGUUUGCUGAGAGGAGAGUGAUGGGAAAGAUGCAUGGGCAGAGUCACAUCUUCCUGCUCACCUUCAUGGUGGCUGUUGCCAUCCCAAUAUCUUUGGCUUUCAACAUUGAUAUCAAAAAUCCUGACGUCUAUACUGGUGAACAAAAGGAUUUCUUUGGAUACAAAGUGCUUCAAUUCAUGAAUGGAGAGAACAAAGGAAUAAUUGUUACUGCACCACUGCAGCUAAAUGGAUCUGGGGGAAUAUGCAAACCGGACCAAAACCAAACCACCAAGUGCUUCAACCCUGAAGACCCAAAAAUACCAGUCAAGCAUUUGGGCCUGUCAAUAGCUGAAGACUCCAACCGCUCCCAAUUCACUGUUUGCAGUCCAAGUGUAGUCCGUGAAUGUUACGGGAACUCCUAUAUGAACAGCGUGUGCUACAAGAUCACAGAUCAUCUUGAGCCAUAUGAUGACGCCAACAUUAUUCGCUUUGUCAUUGGGGUAGGGAACAUAGAAAACAUGACUACAUUUAAGGGUAUUGCUUCCGAACCGAUAGGAAAAUAUGUCUUCAAAAUUGACAACUAUGAUGGACUAACAGGGAUUCUGGAAAACUUUCAAAAAAAAAUCUUUACAAUGGAUGGCUCCAAAGUGGCUUGGGCAGGAGAAAUGACUAAUGAAAUGUCUCAGAGUGGAUUCAGUGCUGUCUUCUACAAAGUGAGUACACUGAAAAAUUUGGACACAUUCAAAAUCUAUGUUUUAUCUAUAACUAUUCAACCAUCACAGUGCUGGCUAACAUUCAUACGUACAGGUACAUUUAAACAGCAUCACUUCGUACUUUUCACACAUGAUGGAACAUACUGGACCACAACCCAAAGAAUAAAUGGGGAACAGAUCGGUUCCUACUUUGGUGCAGAGUUGUGCUCAGUAGAUGUCAACUCAGACGGUAACACUGAUUUCCUGCUGGUAGGGGCUCCACUGUUUUACCAGCCUCUGGAAAAGAAAGAAGGCCAGAUCUACAUCUACACACUGACUGAUGAGAUGAAACUUGAACGUAAACUGACUAUGACUGCACCAUCCAUGGGGAGAUUUGGCACCACCAUAUCCAGUCUUGCAGAUUUGAAUGGAGAUGGACUCCGAGACGUUGCUGUUGGAGCCCCUCUUCAGGAUUUUAACAGGGGGGUGGUCUACAUCUACCUUGGUGACAGACACAGAGGGAUACGCAGCACUUUCAGCCAGAGAAUCAUGGGACAGAAAAUAAAGCCUGGGCUGAGAUUCUUUGGACAGGCCAUUGCUGGGAAUAUUGAUCUUGGGAAGGACGGACUCCCAGAUAUUGUGGUCGGUUCACAGGGCACUGCUGUUGUCUUAAGGUCCAGACCCAUUUUUAAUGUCACAACACGUCUCUCUUUUGAACCAAACGAGAUAAGGACUGAGAAAAGUGACUGCCUUGAUCACACUGAUGCAAAUUUACCAAUGGUUACCUUACAAGCCUGCUUUGAAAUAGUAGAAACAACAAAAAGCAAAGCAGCGGCAAUGGACCUAGGACUGAACAUCUCGUACACGCUUAAAGUGGAUGCCAACAGACAAAACUAUCGAGGUUUCUUCAGUCAAACUGCCAAGAAAGCAAGGAUUCUCACCUCUACCUGCAAGCUGAGGGAUCCAGACACCUGCUUCAACUACACCAUCUACAUGCCAAAAUGUGUGAAAGACACAUUAUUGCCCAUCAUCAUCAAACUAAACUUUUCCCAAGUUAACAGUGAGAGCGCAAGUGCUGUCCUAAACAUGGACAGCAAAACACAAGCUUUUGUUCAGGUUCACUUUGAAAAGCACUGUAGAAAAAAUGACAUCUGUAUUGCUGAACUUGAGGUGGAUUUCAACUUCAUGACCCCAACAUUAUUAGUGGCUGAAAAUAAGUACUUUAACGUCUCUGUAACACUGUCCAAUCAUGGAGAUGACUCAUACUACACCAGCCUAAUAAUGCACUAUCCUCCAGGCCUCUCCUUCUCCAGGAUGACUCUUACAAAGGCAACGAGACCAACGCUCCACAGCUGUGAAGAUCUACAUGGAGAACGGGAGAAAACCAUAUGUUAUGUCAGCCCUCCUGUGUUUCGUAGCAAAUCAUCGGCAACAUUUAGAAUUUCCUUCCACAUCUUGAAGGAUUAUGAGUGGAAUGACACAUUGUUGAUGACCAUUACUGGAAAAAGUCAUAAUACAAACAGGACCAUUUCCCAGACCAAACACAUCCCAGUGCAAUUUGAAAUCAAAAUGGCAGUAGCUGUGAAAGAAGAUCUUGUCACUUAUCUGAACUUUACACCAGAGGAUGCAGGACCAAAAAAAAUGGUUGCUAUAUAUAAGCCACAACAUCAUUUUGGUAUCACACAGAAGAGAUCUGGCAACAUUCCAACAGAGACAAUGACUGAAGUUCGUGUUGAGUUCAUAAUCCCCCCAAAUAAAGGGGUGAUCAUUGCAACUGGAGCUGCCAUGGGACUCUUGCUUCUGCUCAUAAUCACUGUCAUCAUGUUUAAGUUGGGUUGCUUUAAGAGGAAAAGGCUUGAGUACUGUGAAGUACAGGAAGAAGAAACUGCUCCUCAGGAUGGCAUCCCUGCUACGUCCACCACUGGCACCACCCAGGGGAUAUGCGGCCAUCCGGAGACUGACAGUAAAUCUGACCAACCUUCAGAGCACCAAAGCCUCUUUGAUGAUGGUGAGGCCAACUGCAGCACUUCAUCAGUUCAUUCCUAGGAAGAACUGGAAUAACCGUUGACAUUUUGUCAAAUAUGCUAAUUCACUUUUUUGCUGAGAGUUAGAUGAGAAGGUUGAUGCCACUCAUGCCCGUCUGUUAAUUAUGAAGCUGGUGUCAGGAGAUGUUAGCUUAGCAUAAAGCCUACAAAAAUGAGCCUUGCUCUCUCUGAAAAGAACAAACCCCACCUACCAGACCCUUUAAAGCUCACUGAUUAACAUAUUAUAUACUGUUUGUUAAAUCCGUACAAAAACCAAAGUUGUUUUAAGGAGUGUUACGUGUCAUUUCUCUAACCUUUGGACAGAGCCAGGCUAGCUGUUUCCCUUCUUCUUACAGUUUUUAUGCUAAGCUAAACUAACUGUCGCCUACUGUAGCUCCAGAUUCAUAUAAACACAGCAGGAAGUGGUGGUUUGACAAAGAAAAAUACUUAACUCAAGGUUCAGUGAGCUUUUAUAUUCAAUUUACAUGCAUGUUCAGGCUGCUUUGAUAUUUUUAAUUUA